AUGGCUGGCAGUGUAGCUAGGCUAGCGGUGCGUUCCUACAUGCCGCUCGUUUGGCGUGCACCCAUGCCUUUGUAUGCACAUGUUCGCCAUACCUUGCCUACACCAAGCAUUGCACGAUACACCACCGAGACCGCGCAGCCCGAAAAGCCCAAAACGAAACCCCCACGCGGCACGAUUACAAUCAAAGGCGGCAUCCUUUUCCUCGCCCUGUCAUCUCUGGCAAUUGCAUUGACUGUCUACGGUGUAUGGGAGUAUAUGGCUGCAUUCCGCAUUUGGCCCAAAGAGCUACGCGGCCCGCUGCGUGCAGCCAUCAAGGCGCGCAAUCGCGGCAAGCUGCAACGCAGUGCCAAGCACUUCCGUGAGGCCCUCGAUAUUGCACGCAAAAUCGAUCCCGAUCGACUUGGUGCAGACCCCGUAUUGAAGACGUCUGGUAUCGCAAUUGCCCUAGCCGCUGUCCUGGAAGAGUCGGGGCAAUGGCAAAAGGCAACGCUCAUCUACAUUGACGCGCUCGACGAAGUUUUGCAGCGUGGUAACUUUGUGCAGCAGACGCCACGGGAGCGCACGCCGCAGGAGCGCAUGCGCAGCGUUGCGCUUGCCCAAAAAAUUGGCGACCUUGCGCAAGGACCGGGUGGAGAAACUUCGCCGCGCUUUGAUGGUGCGAGCGUCACAAAGCUCGAGCACCCGGCCGAGGGUUACUUGGUAUGGAGUGUAGAAGAGCUCCUGCGCCUACUACAGAUCCAGCAGCACCACACGAAUGAAAAAGGCCCGCUUUUCCUUUCUGAGCUGCAACUUCCUGGCUGGAUAAACACGACGGACAUCGGCGCGAGCGUCGAGGCGCUCGGGGCAUUUUAUGCUGGUCACGACAUGGCCGAGUAUGCCGUGCCUCUUUAUCUUCAAGCACUCUCUAUCCUGCUCCCUGUCAAGGAGCAAAAGCCCGCUGGAAACGAGCGCGCUACGCCAACUGUUGCAGACCGUUGCCGCGCUGCGAUCCUGAUGAACAAUAUCAGCCAGGUGCUCGCGCAGGGUAAAGUUCCUGCGCUUCCCAAGGAUGCACCGGAGCCGAAAAUGCCACCGCUCGAGCAAGCCAUUGCGUGGGCAACUAAAGGCAUGGACCUUGUCACCAUCACCUCGCACCGCGCGGGCUUUUUGCAGGAGCUGCCAGAGGACGAGCGCAACUGGCUUCUCCACUUUAGCGGCUUUGACCCUGCCAAGAUCGAGCCUCCUGCCGGAGAAGUGCAUGUGCUAAACGAGGAGCGUUUGGUACAGGUCAAGCACCAGUGCCUAGGCGCGCAGUUUGUCCUGCUCUACAACCUUGGCAUGUUCAACCAGAUGCGCGGCGAGAAAGAUAUUGCUCGUGGCCUUUUCCAGCACGCAAUGCAUUAUGCUGACGUGCUGCGUCUUCGCGAGGCGCGCUUGCAAUGUGCAAAGUCACUUGCACGCUUGGACCGCGCGUCGUAG